UCCUUUCCGGCGGCGCCGGGCGAGAAGCGCGAGUAGAGUCUGAGGCGGGCGCUUCGGCUUUCUCCGGCCAGAGCUGGUGUCCGAGGACCCCAGUCCGAAGCGGGACUGAGCCUGAGGGGGUCUCCGUCAGUCGCGAGGCCACGCCAGGCAGCCGCCCCCUCAUCCCACUUCUCCACUGAGGCGCCGCGCGGCUAGGCAGCGGAUCCAGGCCUCAGCCAGCGCCUAGGGCCUCCGGAGCCCUCCCGGGCUCAGCAUGCCCGGGAUGAAGCUAACCACCCAGGCCUACUGCAAGAUGGUGCUGCAUGGCGCCAAGUACCCCCACUGCGCCGUCAAUGGACUACUGGUGGCCGAGAAGCAGAAGCCGCGCAAGGAACACCUGCCCCUGAGCGGCCCGGGCGCCCACCACACCCUCUUCGUGGACUGUAUUCCCCUCUUCCACGGCACCCUGGCCCUCGCUCCCAUGCUGGAGGUGGCCCUCACCUUGAUUGAUUCAUGGUGCAAAGAUAAUAGCUAUGUGAUUGCUGGUUAUUAUCAAGCUAAUGAACGAGUAAAGGAUGCCAGUCCGAACCAGGUUGCAGAAAAGGUGGCCUCCAGAAUUGCUGAGGGCUUCAGUGAUACCGCUCUUAUCAUGGUAGACAACACUAAGUUUACGAUGGACUGCAUGGUACCUACGAUCCAUGUGUACGAACACCACGAAAACAAAUGGCGGUGCAGAGACCCACACUACGAUUACUGUGAAGACUGGCCGGAGGCCCAGAGGAUCUCAGCAUCACUCCUGGAUAGCCGGUCCUAUGAAACGCUCGUGGAUUUCGAUAACCACCUGGAUGACAUUCGGAAUGACUGGACAAACCCAGAGAUCAAUAAAGCUGUUCUGCACCUGUGUUAGGGAGGGACUUCAGUGACUGGUCUCUGGGCAUUUCCACUACGCUGAAGAAGAAAAGCUAUUUUUAAAUGUAGAUAAAAUAUCUCAUAGGCUGUGUGGAAAACUGACAGUUUUCAGCCGUGGUAUGUGCCUUGAAGGAGGGCAGAAUGUCCCAUCAGUCGUCUUUUUAAUGCAGAGUCUUUAGAAGCGGUACGGACUAUCCAAUCUGACUGUGGAGUCCUUCCCAGUUGCGUUACCGUAAUCCUCCCUAUCAAAGCUGUUUCUGCUUGUCCAAGAUUGUUCCUAUUAAACGAUUUUAACUAACCUUUUA